UAUACAUACCAUCAUAGGCGCACAUAAAUAAACACAUACUAGAAUUUAGUAAUCAUUGUCAACAAGAAUAAAAAAUAACAUCCCAAUGCAAGUCAUUUUGAACAUCAAAAUACAACCCAAACACGUCAUUUAGAACAUCAAAAUACACCAAACACGCUAUCUAGUGAAUACAAACAUCCUAACACACGCAAUAGAGGGCAGAGACGAUGUUGAGCAAUCUGAAAUGCAUGUCUAAUGUCCCUGGAGUCACACAGAGUUUGAUUUGUUCUGCUUGGCAGCCUUUGCUCCUUUAAAUGACACCAUAUUGACCAUAUGGUUCUUUCCAAAUGAAGUAGGAGGUGGAGACGGUGUUGAGCAGCCCAAACUCCCUGAUACAUCUUCAGGUCAAUGAGUUCCAUUUGCUCUUCUGCCCAGCACCCCUACAUCUUUAAAUGAAACCAUAUUGUAUUUCAGAAUCUUCAAAUGACUUGUGUACAGAAAAAAUACAGAGUAGCUCAUUAAAAAGAACUCAUGAAAAAUAGACAGCUUUUUACAAAUGAACCAUAGCACAAAUAGAGUAAAUUGGGCUUUUCUUUUCCUUUAUUUUGCUACAAGCUCCAGCAGCAAGUGCACAAGAUAGAAAGCCUGAAAAACAAUAGCAGGUUAACAUGGGAUGUGGAUUUUUCUUGUGGAAGGAUGAUGUAGAGAUAAGAGGCACACAUCAUGGAGAAGAGAUGAAGACAAAAGCAGAUAAUGUGAGGCUCAUGACUACUGCAAUGGCUGAACAAAGGGUUGUACAAGGACAGAUUGCUUAUCUUACAAAGCUACAUGAAAAUGAAGCCAAGGAAAACAAAAAAUUUAGGCAAUCAAUUGCUUUUGUUUUCAUUGCUGUAGUUGCUUUUAUUGGUAUGUGGUAUAUGCACUUCAACACAAAAAAAAUGCAUAUAUUAGUGGUUGUAGUAGUGUGUUGUAAUCUGGUAUAACCAAACUUCAUGAACACCAUUUAGUCUGUAAUGACAGUUUUUCAUUGCUAAUGUAGUACUUAUUGAUGACCAUUUAGCACUUUCCAUUGUU